AUGUCUGCCUGGCGCCUGGGACUGCACAGCGGGAUUGAUAUCUUCUUUUCAAAGGGCUUCAGAUUAGGAUUUGCUCUUACUUCCCCACCCGGGCCGGAUAUGCCGACCUGGGCGCGGUACUUUUCGCUCGAGGUGAUGUCAGCAAAGUCUCCCCCAGUCCCCGCGGGGCCUCCGCCCGCCGCAAGAUCAGCGCGGGCAUUAAGCGCACUCACUCAACAAAUACUGCGGAUCCUUGCGGCCAGAUAG